AAAGUCAAAAUAAGGGCAGGGUUGUGUUUAUUAUGCAGAAUUCUUCCAGUCAAAAAAUCAGUUAAUUAUUGUAACAGUUAGUUAACUACGGUUUGGAUUUUAAAUUAAGGAAGCAAUAUAAUUAGUAAUAAUUAUUCAAGAGGGAAGAUUUAAUUUAAUUGUUGGCUUAUCGUGCAGUUCGAAGAGCUCAAAUCGCUCCCGUUUUGGGCUGACUUUUGAGGAACAAUUUUAAUUAAAAAACAACUAUCAGUUUGUUGAUAAGUAAUUAUUUUAGAGUAGUAAAAUAAAAUGUCAGAGUAUUGGCUAAUCUCGAUUCCGGGCGAUAAGACUCCGGCCCAAGCGUUUGAAACGUUGAAUAACGCUACGUCGAAGCAGAACACGUUGUCGACGAAUUAUAAGUUGCCAAUUCCAGAUUUGAAGGUUGGCACCCUCGAUCAACUUGUCGGCUUGUCGGACGAUUUACAAAAAUUGGACCAGUACGUGGAAGGCGUUACCCGAAAGGUUGCCAAUUAUUUGAAGGAUGUCUUGGAAGACCAGAGAGAUAAGCUGGCGGAGAAUUUGUUGGCUAAUAAUGUUGACCUCGCCCACUACGUAACUCAUUAUCAAUGGGACGCGGCAAAAUACCCGUUAAAGUUAUCUCUGCGAAAUCUGAGUGAAAUCAUUGCCAAACAGGCUGGACAAAUUGAUGCAGAUCUGAAAGUGAAAUCAAGUCAUUACAAUAAUUUGAAGGGGUCGCUUCAAAAUUUGGAGAAGAAACAGACGGGGAGCUUGAUAACCAGAAAUUUGGCCGAUAUCGUGAAGAAAGAACAUUUCGUGCUAGAUUCCGAAUAUCUCGUGACCCUUGUCGUCGUUGUACCAAAAGCUAACUUUCACGAUUGGGAAGGUAAAUAUGAGAAGCUGACGGACAUGGUGGUGCCACGAUCGGGUCGUCUCAUUUUCCAAGAUCAGGAUCAUGGACUCUUCACGGUCACUUUAUUUCGAAAAGUUGCCGACGAGUUUAAACAUCAUUGUCGAGAAAAUCGAUUUGUAGUUCGAGAGUUUACCUACAACGAGGAGGAAUUGGCUGCUGGUAAAAAUGAAAUCACGAAAUUGGCAACUGAUAAAAAGAAGCAGUUUGGUCCCCUCGUGCGUUGGUUGAAGGUCAACUUUAGCGAAUGUUUCACCGCCUGGAUGCAUGUGAAAGCACUCCGUGUAUUCGUCGAGUCCGUGUUGAGAUACGGCCUCCCCGUCAAUUUCCAAGCUGUCCUCAUGUUUCCAAACAAGAAAUCUAUAAAACGAUUGCGAGAAGUUUUGAAUAAUUUGUACCAGCAUUUAGAUUCCAGUGUCGGGUCUGGAUCCAAAUAUUCCGAUAUGGAUAUGCCAGGUCUUGUGUUCGGUCAGAGUGAAUAUUUCCCAUACGUUUAUUACAAAGUGGAUAUCGACAUGGUGGAACAAGCAAAACUUUAAAAUCAAGAAUCUUUCCAAUCCAAACUGGUCCUAAUUUGUUCUUGUCGUCUUUAUCGUCGUAUAAUAAGUGAAGAAAUAAGAAAUUAUUAUAAUUACUCUUUUAAAACAAGUCAAACUUAUUUUAGUCAAAGUUUUUCCUUCCCUUUAAAUGAAAAUGAGAAAAAAGGUGUGCUUUUUGCUCAUAUCCAAUCCAGAUAAGCACCUUUUACAUAACUCUUCUGGUGCGAUAAAUAUGUAUUCCAAAAUGUGUAAUGAAACGCAGGAGAAAAAUACUACUAAAAAAUUCAAUCCAAUACAAAUUUGUGAUAGAGAAAAAAAUAUAUUGUAGAAUUGAUCGUGUAAAUUAUUACACGAUAUAAAUUAAAUUAAAUAUGUACGUAGCUAUCGUGCUCUAGUCGUUGAUCGAUCUAUGUAAAAUGAUAUCUUGUUUGAUUGGUUAAAUUAGAUUGUUAAAAUGGAGAUUAAUUUGUGGCAAGAAUUGAAACAUUUUUACGCUAAAAACCUAACUAAACUACUCAAGAAAAGAAAACGGUACAUUCCAGUUUAUGAUUUCUCUCGCGUCUCUGAAUCUGAUGGGAAGAAGACUUUUUACUUUUUAGGAUUCUAUAAAUACCUUGCGAAAAAACAAUUAGAUCUUUUUAGCGUUCAUAAAAUAGUGGAAAAAGUAGUAUUUUUGAUGUCAUUUUGUAGUGAUAUUCAGCAAGUAGUAGUGGUUCAACUUUGUUUAAAAAAUAUGUACGUGUAUGCAACUGGAUGAUGCACCUCAAUAUGUUAAUUAAUUAAUAUACACAAGAAGGGUACAAUACAAUACCAAGGAAAAUGGUUAUUUAACAACAACAAAAACAACUAUGUAAAAGCGCAGUCAAAUCAUGUAGUAGCUGAAUAAAAGUAAUAUUUUGUUCGUAUA